AUGACUCGUGAUAAUCCCAAAGAUGUCAGUACUGCAGGUGCAAAGGAUAUUUUAGAGGUUUUAAACCUACUUAAAGGAGGAGAAGAGAAGAUAUCGGAAGUUGAACUUAAGUUAGACGAAAUGGAAAAGAAGAUGGACACUCUAUUAGCUGAGCUAGAAGAUCUACACAAAGAUAAUAAUGGUUUGGCGAAUGGUCAUGAUCAAAAAUAG